GGCAUUGGCGGAGGGGGCGUGGCGCGGGAUGACCCCGUCCCGCGGCCGGGUGCGCAGCCGCAGUCGCGGCCGGUCCCGCGGGCCCCGCCGCCGCCACCGGGCUGGGCCGCGCCAGGAGCGGCGACACCGGGCGAUGAGAUGACAGCGCCCACCCUGCAGAAAGCCAUCGACCUGGUCACCAAAGCCACUGAGGAGGACAAGGCCAAGAACUACGAGGAGGCGCUGCGGCUGUACCAGCACGCCGUGGAGUAUUUCCUGCACGCCAUCAAAUAUGAGGCUCACAGCGAAAAGGCGAAGGAGAGCAUCCGAGCCAAGUGCAUGCAGUACCUGGACCGGGCGGAGAAGCUGAAGGAAUAUCUGCGCAGCAAGGACAAACACGGCAAGAAGCCAGUCAAGGAGUCCCAGAAUGAUAACAAGGGGAGCGACAGUGACAGUGAGGGCGAGAACCCUGAGAAGAAGAAGCUGCAGGAGCAGCUAAUGGGUGCCAUCAUGAUGGAGAAGCCCAAUGUGCGGUGGAGUGAUGUGGCCGGCCUGGAGGGAGCCAAGGAGGCACUGAAGGAAGCUGUGAUUCUGCCCAUCAAGUUCCCGCACCUGUUCACUGGGAAGCGCACGCCCUGGCGCGGGAUCCUGCUCUUUGGACCCCCUGGCACCGGCAAGUCCUACUUGGCCAAGGCUGUGGCCACCGAGGCAAACAACUCCACCUUCUUCUCUGUGUCGUCCUCAGACCUGAUGUCAAAGUGGCUGGGAGAGAGUGAGAAGCUGGUGAGGAACCUCUUUGAGCUGGCACGGCAGCACAAACCCUCCAUCAUCUUCAUCGAUGAAGUGGACUCGCUGUGCAGCUCCCGCAACGAGAACGAGAGCGAGGCGGCGCGGCGCAUAAAGACGGAGUUCCUGGUGCACAUGCAGGGUGUGGGGAACAGCAGUGACGGGAUCCUGGUGCUGGGUGCCACCAACAUCCCCUGGGUGCUGGACUCGGCCAUCAGGAGAAGGUUUGAGAAGCGGAUCUACAUCCCGCUGCCCGAGGAGGCAGCACGGGCACAGAUGUUCAAGUUGCACCUGGGCAACACCCCGCACAGCCUGACGGAGGCCAACGUGCAGGAGCUGGCGCGCAAGACUGAGGGCUACUCAGGGGCCGACAUCAGCAUCAUCGUGCGGGACGCGCUCAUGCAGCCUGUGCGCAAAGUGCAGUCGGCCACGCACUUCAAGAAGGUGCGUGGUCCCUCCCGCACCACCCCUGGUGUCAUCGUGGACGAUCUCCUGACGCCGUGCUCGCCAGGUGACCCCGGUGCCACCGAGAUGACCUGGAUGGAGGUGCCCAGUGACAAACUGAUGGAGCCCAUUGUCUCCAUGUCAGACAUGCUGCGCUCGCUGGCCACCACCCGCCCCACCGUGAAUGCUGAGGAUCUCCUGAAAGUGAAGAAAUUCACCGAGGACUUUGGGCAGGAAGGCUAAGGGAAGGGGGAGGGGGGGGUGUGGGGCUGGGGUGGCCGUGCUGGCCCCUCCCUCCCACCAUGGCUGUGCCAAACAGGUUUGUCUUCCCCUCACUACUCCCCCCUCAUACUGCAGCACCUGGCAGGGUGCAGGGAGCACAGCUGGGGAGGCUGACACUACUUUUGGGGGGGGGGGGGGCCAAGCAUGGCCUGGGUGGCUGGAUGCUCCCCCUGGCUGUGCCCCACCCCAUUCUUCUUCCCGCUCUUUUUUAUUUUUUAAAUUAAUGCUGCUUUGGGUUCUGUCUUGUUUAUAUGAAAAUAAAAACAAUCCAAAAGCUUCAAUCCACA